GGUGACAUGGUUGAGUGAGGUCUAUGCAUGCAUUGAUUCAGUUUUGAAGGCACUAAAAGAUGCUGUCUUCUAAGAACAGUGUGCAGCGUGUGGCAACGCGCCGAGCAUUUGAAGCUGCUCACAGAAAGCCCAAAACAAAAUUCUCCCAAAAUGAGCAGGAAGAGAUGAGGAGAAAGACUCAAAUGUAUUCAGAGAAGUACCGAGCUGACCGUGUGGCUGGAAAAAGGAUCGCCUAUGAGGAUUCCUCUAUCAUGAUAGAUACCAGCAGUGCAUCUUACCUAGCAGAUGAGCAAAGUUCUACAAGUUCUGAUCAAUCGAAGACAUUCUGCGACUCUCCCCAUCCAGACCAGGUUGUGAAAGAAACCUUGCAGAAGUUACCUCGAAAACUUGGUGGAAGGAACAUUCUUAAAAAUCUUGCCAAGGAACCCAGGAAACCAGUGGAUUCAAAGUCUCCCUUACCAGUGCCAAUACCAACACCUUCAGCAUGUGUGGUGAGUCCUCCCCCCUUCUGCAUUCUACUACUUGUCCUCUUCAAGGCCUUAAACAAAGAAGGGCCUUCAGCUUCUGCAACGUCCACAGGGAAAACUGAUGAAAAAGAGAGUGAAGCUUCAAAUGGCCAGACCCAAACAAUUUUGGAACCUGAUGCAAAAUCAGAUCGAAGCGAGAAGGAGAAUCGGGAAGUGAUGCGUCAUCGAACAUGGAGGGAAAAGAGUAGAGCUGACCGUCGUUCCAUUCCUAUCAUCAAUGGAAUCAUCCCUCCAGAAGAAGUGCCAUUAGCACAGGAAGAAUCAGCAGAAAGGGCUGAGGCCUCAGUUCCCAAGGAUAUUCCAGAGGAGGAGGUUGAACCUGUGGUCCAGGAGAUAACAAUGGGAGUUCGAGAUGCCACCACUGCAAUGAGUCUUCAUGUCUCUCAUUUGACUCCCUCUCUCUACCAGAACUCGCAGGUUUCAUCUGUAAGCCCAGAGAUGCGUAGGACUCCCAUGGGUGAGAAUCCCCUUCCCUUGGCCAACCAAACUGUAGGUAUCCUGCCAAGCAUCCAGGAACACACAUAUGAGCCUCAUUCAGCCUCAGUGACCCUUGGGUCUCAGCUGUUGGACCCAAGUCAGCUACAAGCAUUCAUUGCAUCCAGUAUUCAAGAUGUUUUGCAGCGAGAAUUCCAGAAAUUCCUUACUGUUCAAACUGAACUUCCUGGAGUGUCUUCCUCCCGGAAGAGAAGCAUGGAUGCACGAGAAUCGAAGGAAAGAAGUCCUGCGAAAGACCUAACACAAUCAUCUCCAAAGCGCUUGAAACCAUCUGAUUCCAUCCAUGAGAAGACUACUAGUGUGGAAGCAGAUGAUGAAGAGUCUUCUGAUGAGGACUUGCUACCAAAGCAACCAUCUCUUUCAAAUAAAUCUUCAGAUGGUACUAGGAGCUCUCACAUGUGCCAAGACACACAGCAAAUUUCCUUGGAGAGGACAACAGUUGCUGAUGUGAGCAUGAAACAUCGGGAUAUGAGUUCUGUGAAGCAGACCAAAACUGUUUCUGAAUCAUUGACAGGAAAAUGCAAGCAGCACUUCAGCACAGCCAAAGAGAUAACAUUGUGUUAUGAGGAUGAUACAGAUGAAACUGGCUAUGCUCACCUGGGUGAUGCUGGAGGUGACUCAUCUUGCUUAAAUCAUGAUAGUUUCAUUUCUCCAGCUGCCCAAAGUCAGCACAAAACAACAAAGAAAUCAUUUAGCCAGUCAGCCAAGACCUCAUCAAGCCAUAGUGUGUCCCGUAAUAAGAGUGGAACAACUAGGAAAUCUCAUUCUUCAUCUCAAUAUGAUUCAAGCUUCAGGGCAAGGUCAUCCAGCAGAGUUUCACUGGAGGCUGAUGCUUCUUUGAGAUGUGGUCAAGAAAAGCAUGGCAAUCAUGACAUAGGAUCUGAUGUUUGUGAGACUGACCUGUCAGAGAUGCAGACAAGUGGAUAUUCCCUGAGAAGGAGGAGCCUCUCUGUCAACCAGAAGGAAUCGCCCAAGAAGGUCAAGUCACCCAGGUGCAAAAGUGGAAAGAGAAAAUCUUCAAAAAAGUCUACAGCUAUUGUUCCCACCACCCGUCGAUCUUUGCAGUACGAACAGCAGGUUGAAGCAGACGGUGAUGAAAAUAGCUUGGAGGAUAUGCAAACAGGGUUGCCUUCUUGUUCAACCUCUGCCACACCUCAGCCCUGCAACUUCACAGUCGUACUUGGCAUAGAUGAUUUCCCUCUCUCAACUCCCAAAAGGAGUGCCAGGACCAAACGAGUUCAUGCAUCCUUCUUCGCACAGAGUGCACUUGGUGGGAAGAUUUCUAAACGAGGUACUGGCUUAAUCCAGACCCAUCAAGAUUCUCCUGUAACUAGCAGAACAGUGUCAAGUCUUGCCCUGUCAUUAGACACAUCAGACUUCGCCAGUGUUACAAACCGAACAGAAGAGGACACUCAAGAUGGAAACAGUACAGACUGCACUUCAAAAGAAGGAACCAUGCGCAGCAAUUCCCGCAGCCUUCGUUCCCUGCAGUCCAUAAAUUACACUAACAUGUUUUCCCCUUUCACGGGGAAGGUGAAAGAGAGGGCAGAGAAGCGACAAAAUGGCACACUGAAGUCCCAAGGCACAAAACAGGCCAGAGCUGUUCCUGUUUCCUCCUCUAGAAGGGGGAGGAAAGCUCAAGAGUCCCAGACUAAGAGGAGAAAGCCAAGAAGCCCCUCUCAGUCCCAUUAUACCUCAAAGAAGAAAACUCCUCCAGGAGAAAAAGAAAGAACAUGCCCCCCCAGUGAGACAUCUAGAUCCACAUUCUACAGUAGGUAUACUGGAGAAGAUUCAGGUCUCGAUAUUGCCACUAUCUCCAACCGCUUCUCUGCAUCUCAAACAUCUCGAUCUGCAGAAGACAGUGCCAAGGGGAAAACUAGAAAAGGAAAUGACUCUCAGAAAUCCCAGACCAAGAAAACUGAGAAGAGAGAAAAGAAGAAAGCCAGUCCUUCACUUCAAAAAUCUUCUAAGAAGAGAACUAUUCAAGGGGAGAGAAGUGCAGAUUCCCCCAAUGAAGGUUCUAGAUCCACACUCUGUGGUCCCAGUUCAGGAGGUGAUUUAGAUCUCAACCAUGUCACCAUCUCCAAUCGCUUCUCAACUUCUCUCACUUCCAGCUUGCCAAGUCAUGCACCUGAUGGAACUCAUGCCAGAACAAGUCGCAAGUCCAAUAGCAGAGUUCUGACCCCAUCAAGAAGCAUGGAAGGAUCAUCCCUUGAUGAUGAUGAAGAUGAGACAUACCAGCCAGGUGAGAGCACCCUUAGUGAGGAUGGGACCUUGAGUGGAUUCCACGAAUCAGAAGACAUGGAGGUGGAGGACUCCCUGGCCACUUCCCUUGCCAGGAGGCGUGCCAGUAGCAGAUGCUUCAAUGCUGAUGAUGACAUUGAUCUCUCAGAGUACCCGCAGGUUGUGCGGGAUUGCUUCAAACGAGAAGGAAGAUACCAAAGGCUCAAGUUUGACCAAGACCGCCUCUUCCGCUUGGGAUACCGGGCUGACAUCCGCUUUGUUGGGACAAAGUCCAUCCUCAAAUUGACCAAGCUACAUCGUAGUCAGCGUUUCCAGGAAUUCAUUGAAUUCGACCGUGACAACUUGUACUAUCAUAGUUGGAAGUAUAUGAAGGAGGAGCGCAAGAAGCGCAGUGCUGCUAAAAAGAGCCAACAGGGGCAGAGACGCAGUAGCAAGAAGCCAACAGAAACAGAACCAUCAGUGGGCCCAGAUCGCAGGGAGCCAAAGGAAGGGGAUCCAUAUGUGAUCAAUUACUUCCGGCCCUUGGAUGGUGUAGUCUUCAGCCACUUCUUCAUCAACCCAGGCUGCAGCAAGCCACCUCGGCCCAUCCGCCCUGGAAAUACUGUCAUUGGAAUUGUCGAGGUUGGAAUUGUUGAGGUCACCAUGAACAAUGACAUGCCUCGCACUCUGCAUCCCAAUGAUGUUGUCAUCAUGAAGCAUGGGACAGAGUAUUCCUUGAAGAAUGUAGGAGAAUCCCAGGCUGUCCUGCUCAUGGGGACGAUGGACUUUAGGGAGAUGAUGAAGUCCUUCAUGCGUGAUGUGGGCAUCAAAGAAAUUCGAAAAAUGCUUCAGGAUGUCCAGGCAGAGGAGGAGGAUUGCUACUUUCCUGGCAGGGAUGAGUGAAAGUAGCAAAAACAACUUUAAAUAUAAUCAGAGUAAUUGCUACUGAUGGAGGAG